UGCCUAAAGUACUAAAGUAGAACAGACGUUGAUUGGUGUCUGUUGUUAAUCUGUUAGACCUGCUUAGUUUAAGAUAAUGUCGAUUUAUAGUUGAAUUAAUAACCAUGACUACAAUAUACUGUUGCAUCUUUUUAAGUGUUUAGUAAUCAAAAGAUAGAUCUAUAUCAAAACCAAUAAAUAUGCCAAUAGGCAAGAACAAGCUAAAUCUGACGAUUUCCGUAUCUGAGCCACAGACAGACGGAAGCGAUCGACAGAAUGGAGCUCAGGCAAAUUUGGAGGCUCUACAACAAAAGCUUCAGGAAUUGGAUAUUGAUGAUCAGCAAAGAGAGAGACUGGAGGAAUUUCUUUCUCAAAAGCAAAAGAUUGGAGAGUUGAUUGAAGAUGACUUUAAAAAACUUGGAGAAUUAGGAGCAGGAAAUGGAGGAGUGGUCACGAAAGUUCAACAUCAUCCAUCAGGCCUUGUUAUGGCCCGUAAGCUGAUUCAUCUUGAAAUUAAACCAAUGGUACGGAACCAAAUAUUUCGAGAGCUGAAAGUGCUUCAUGAAUGUAACUCACCUUACAUUGUGGGAUACUAUGGUGCAUUCUAUAGUGAUGGGGAGAUUAGUAUUUGUAUGGAAUAUAUGGAUGGUGGUUCUCUAGAUUUAAUUCUGAGAAAAGCUGGAAGGAUUCCUGAACCUAUUUUAGGCAUUAUUAAUAUUGCAGUUCUUAAAGGAUUAUCAUAUCUUCGAGAAAAGCAUCAAAUAAUACAUAGAGAUGUGAAACCAUCCAAUAUCCUUGUUAACUCAAGAGGAGAAAUCAAAUUGUGUGAUUUUGGAGUCAGUGGUCAACUUAUAGAUUCAAUGGCCAAUUCUUUUGUUGGAACAAGGUCAUAUAUGGCGCCUGAGAGGUUACAAGGUACUCAUUACUCAGUUCAGUCAGAUAUUUGGAGUCUUGGAUUAUCUUUGGUUGAAAUGUCAAUAGGAAGAUAUCCAGUGCCUCCACCAGAGCCUCGUGAUCUGGCAAGUAUUUUUGGAGAAAAUGCUAAUGAAGAACAUUUAGAAGCCGCCAAAACAGGAAAACCCCUGAAAGGCACCCGCAAUAACUAUAUGGUACCAACGAUGGGGGGCGCUGCUGAGGCACCGCGAUCUAUGGCCAUAUUUGAGCUUUUAGAUUACAUUGUGAAUGAGCCUCCACCAACCUUACCCAGAGGAAGAUUUUCAGAUGAAUUUGUAGAUUUUGUGGAUAGAUGUUUAAAGAAAAAUCCAUCUGACAGAGCUGAUCUUCAAUCACUGAUUAAUCACCCAUUUGUUAAGAAAUAUGAAAAUUCUGAAAUCUCCAUUGGACAAUGGGUUUGUAAAGUUAUGGACAUACAGCCAAGCUGAGACCGUUGCUAGUGGAAAUGCCCAUUACAAUAGUGAUUUAUUCUUCACUCCUUUUUGUUUGUGAUUAUGUUUAUAGUUUAAUAAGAUAGUGAAGUGUUUUUGGUAAAAAUAGGUAUGUAAUGCUACUCAGACAUUGCCUUUUGUGGAGAAAUCUAUUAGUAGUGCAUAGACACAAGUGUGCAGACUCAUAAAUGGCAUCUGAUCUAUGAACAAGAAAUAUAUGGUUUAUGUUUUUACAUACAAACAUAUACACAUACCUUAAUAUUUGUAAGUGGAUCAUCGUUAUACUAGUUAAACAGUCAAUAAUGUUAACGCACUUUUCGUCCCUUAAGUAGCCCUACUAAGACUAGCUUAGAAUUGGUUUACAUACCGGUACCCAACCUGAAUUGUUCAUUUGAACUAAAUUUGAAAAUCUUGUAUGUACUUUACUGUAAAAUCAAUUAUUGAAAAGAAACUGUAAAUUAAGCAUAUGUAGUUUUCCAACUGUUAAAAUCAAACCAGCAGCCUCACUCUUAAAAACAUUUUUACACAAUAGAAACCAUGGCAUAGUAAAUUAAGGAAUUAGUUAAAACAUACACUUGUGCAUCUCAUUAUAUUUUUAUUAGUUGAAACUUCCAGAAAUCAAGUUCUUUAAAAUUCUUUAAAAAAAAUCUUUGCCCAAUUACAAUGCUCAUGUAUUUUUACCACAAUAUUUUUUUAACACUAAGCCUGUAUCUCCUAAUAUAACAUAGUUCCAUCAAUUUAUUUAAGUUGGGAACUAGGUGUGUAUAUU